ACAAAAUGGCGGAAAAUGUGAUGGUGUGAUGUCUUUUCGUAACAAUUUAAGUCACAUGUAUAAGUGAAUACGAUGUCGUUUUCAAAUGCGACUAAAGUAUUUAUCGUUUCGAUGUUAGCCGUACCGAUUACGUAUAUAUUUAACGGUUUAAUGAUCUAUUUGAGAUGGGACGUGAAUCAUCCCAUUUGUUUACUAUCGUCUGUUAUUUUCUUAAUUAUCGCUAUGUGCUUUUUUAUCGUUUUCAUAACGAGAAAAUCGCCUCCAAUUUUGAAUUUUUAUGAAUAUAUACAUUUCUGUGUGUUUGCUAUAUUUUCCUUUACUGGAGUUAUUACUUUGAUAACUGGUCUUGAACUGGAUGGAAUUAUUUCAGGAUUUAUGAGUGCAUUUUUAAAAAAUGGAGAACCAUAUUUACGCUCUGCACAUGGUGCAAUGAUUUCCUAUUGGAAUGGUACUGGAAUGUAUGCCAUGUAUCUAAUGAUGAUUGCAGCAAUAACAUGGAACAAUACAUUUUAUGAAGUUGCAUUGUUUUGGUGUGGAUCUAUUUCCAACAGUAUGGUUGUAUUGUUAUUAGGCAUACUUACUGGUAAACAUGGCAUUACUUUGGGUUCUUUACUCUAUUUUCCAUAUAUCAUUAUUCCUCCCGUAAUUUUAUUACAAUUGAGGCAUCAAAAACAAGUAUAUCAAGUAAGUCAAAACACAAAAUGUCUGUUUCAAGUAUUUCCAGAUAUUUUAGAUGAGAUAGAGUCAAUGUUCAAUGUAUUAGAUGUGCCCUAUCAAAAAAGAUGUCACAGUCCUGAUCAGAGGCAAAGGCCACUAAGUUCAUACAUAGCUGUUCUAGAUACAAACAUAAUUUUUGUACAGAACUAUUUGGAAAAUAUAGAACCAUAUCUUGGCUUAAAAGAUCCAGCUCCAUUUCCUAAAAUGCAGAUGCUGGUAUAUUUGUUUUACUUUCUUCCAAUAUAUAUAAUUAGUAUUUAUGGACUCUCAUAUCCUGGCUGUACUUGGAUGAUUGAUCUUAGUUUAUUUCAUGCUGGAGCAGCAUUACAAGCCCAAAUCUCUCACAUGGGAGCUUCUUUACAUCCACGUACACCAUAUAUCUUGAGAGUUCCACCAGAUUUAUAUGCACGGUCUGUGUUUUGGAUAAUAAAUCUCAUUUUAGCUAUUAUUCCUCAAUUAAUUGCAUAUCGUUGUAUGGAUCAACCAGAAUUAUUUGUUUCUCAAUCCUCAACAAUUAACAAAAAUGGCACAAAAUUGAAAAAUAAUUAAUUUAUGAGUUUUUAUUAUGGCUUUUUUUUUUAAUCUCAGAUUAUGUGAAUAAAUAAGUUUAAUGUUUGAAUUAAUUCACGUAGAAAAAGUACAAGCAUUUUUAAUAAUAUAUUAAAAAGAAAUGUAGUAGUAUAAUUAUAGAAAAACAAGGUAUAGUAAUAACAGACAUUAAUAACAACAGUUUAUUUUGUCCUUGUUUUUUUAUAAUAAAAAUAAUUCUUAGUUCUAUAGCUUUUUGAUAUACAGAUAUAUUCCAUUGAUACAAUUCAUGGUCUAAUUUUGGAAAAAUGAAAAUCUUAUUGGAGUUGUGAAUUCUUUUAGGCUAUGUUUUAUAUUUUCAUAAUCAAAUACAUUGCUCAAACCAUUAAUAUUUGCAACAAAGUUUUAAAAUAUUUUAUGCAUUGAUUUUGUUUGAUAUUUGUGUAUAUUUUGAGAAAUGAACUUGUUGUUUUAAGGAUAGAAUUAUUAUGGAAUUUGUUUUGAUCAUAGUAAACGAAUUUUAAAUGUUUAAUAUAUUCUGCUAAAUAAUCUAUAUUCAGUAACGUAUUUUUAUAGGAAGCUUUAUGAAUAUAAGCAUAUAUCAUAUUUAUAAUAAGAGCUAAACAGUUUCAGAGUCCUGCUUCUGAAUAUAUGUCUGUAAUAGAAUAUGUCUAUCAUAUAAACAUGAAGUGAGUUUAAGCUAUUUAAAUCAAACAGUCUUCCUGUCCCACAAAUUCAUUUUUCUGUUUUUAUAUCUUUGUGGUAAACAUCUUAAUAUGGAUGAUCGAAAGAAUCAAAUUAAACUGUUUUUAUUUAACUAUUUUGAUCAUUAAUACUAAGAUGUUUACCAUGUAUUAGAAUAUGUCUGUAAUAAAUCUCUUAUCAAAAUUCCAUCUUAAAAUAUUUUGUAUCUUUGUCUUUCAAACUUUAUUAUUUGCUAUGAAGCAAUAAGACAUUGUGACAGCAGAAUAAUUUUUUACUAUAAAUAAAGGAUUUUGCUAGAUUAAGAAUU